AUGGCCUCACAUUCGGACCCAGCGACGACGGAGCCCAAGGACCUACAUGAUGAACCCGUCAAGAAGGAUGUGAGUGCAGGUAUUGUGGUGCCUGCACUGGCAGAAGGCGAAAUGCCUGAAACUUCGAAAUGGGAGAUCUGGAGUUGGUAUGCUUAUUACAUCGGUGCCAAUGGCCUCGCCUUAUUCAACUUUGGUCCAACUGCCUUUCAGAACCUGCUCUCUCAGGCAGCACCGGAAGAUACCGGUCUUUUAGCUUUCGCAGGUCGUGAACGAGACGUCAACAGCAUUGUUCUACUCGCCAACGGCAUAUCUUUUGCUCUACAGGCCGUCUUGUUUCUCAUCAUUGGAGCUUACGCAGAUUUCGGUACUGGGCGACGAUGGAUUUUACUGGUUUGGUCAAUCGUGGCGUACGGAAUUGGCUUUGGCUGGCUGGGCGUCCAUGACCCGAGCAAAUGGCAGAGAGCGACAGGCUUGUACAUCGUCGGUCUGAUCGCAUACCAGAUGACUCUCACGUACUGGACUGCAGCAUUCCCUUCUCUUGCUCGAAACACACCGCAGCUGAAAGACGCUGCUCUUCAGUUUGAGGCAGGCGAGAUCACGCAGCAGGAGAUGGACCGAAGGGAUGAGAUGGAGAGAAGCCGACUCAGCAACGUCGCGUUCUAUAUCCAGUCCGUUGGAGAAGUCGUCAUUCUGGCUAUGAUCGUGGGUGUCAUGUUCGGCGUCAAGGUUGACAAGAGUCCCGAGAAUAACAACUGGGGACUUUCCGUGCUGGUCGCUUUUGCCACGGCUUGUUGGCUGGUUCUCUCGAUCCCUUGGUUCAUCCUCGAAAAGAAGCGCCCAGGAAUGAAGGUCCCGGAUCACUUGAACAUUGUUACAGUCGGUUUCUGGCAGCUUUGGGAGGCCCUGACACAGAUUUGGCAUUUGAAGCAGAGUCUGAUCUACCUUGUCGGCUAUUUCCUCCUAGGCGAUUCCCUUAACACCACUGUGACAGUCAUCGCCACGCUGCAAAACCAGGUUGUCAGCUACGAGACCCUCACUCUAACCUACCUUCUCAUUGUUGGUAUCGUCGCUCAAGCUGUCGGCAUUGGUGCUUUCUGGCUCAUCCAGAAAAAGUUCAACCUCAGCGUCAAAGCCAUGUUCAAUGCCGUCAUGGUUUUCAUCAUCCUUCUGGACGGCUGGGGCAUGAUUGGUAACUGGACCGAUAAGUUCGGUUUCAAGAAUGUCUGGGAGAUCUGGCUGUACCAAGCCUUCUACGGCCUCUUCGUCUGUCCAUGGUACAGUUACUCCCAGAUCAUGAUCAGUUCUGUCACUCCCAGAGGUCACGAAUUCCUUUUCUUCUCUCUCUUUAACAUCAUUGGCAAAUCGUCAAGUUUCAUUGGACCUUUUAUCAGCAGUGCUAUUAUCGAUGCUACUCCCGGAGGCAAAAACAACAGCGCUCCUUUCUACUUCUUGUUUGCUCUGAGCUUGGUCAGCGCUAUCGGUAUAUGGUCUUUCCUUGAUUUGGAAAAGAGUGCAAGGGAACAGGAGGCUUUUAUUAUUGAGGAAAAGAUCCGAAUGGGCGAAGAAUCGGAUCGCAGCAAUAUCUUAUAG